AGCAUUUUAACGCCCUCGCUGACCCCCAACAGAUGUCGAGCUUGACUUUUACGGCACACGCUGCACCCUUCUUUUCGCAGAAAUGACCUAAACCCAAGUUUACAUUUGUUUCUAUUCAACCCAGUGCCGGCUAUUAGCCUACACUUACGGGAAGUGUGAUGAAGGAGCAGUUACUUUGUUGAGAUUGGAUACUAGAAGCGGUAGUAGCCAAGUUAAGAGUAUUUAUUGAGGGAAGCUCAUGGCGGCUGUGAGUGUGAGUAGCGGUAGUAGUGACACAUCUAGCACCAGCGAAGAGGAGAGGAUGAGGCGGUUGUUUCUGACUUGCGACGGCGACGGUGAUGGAUACAUCAACAGGAAUGACCUGCUGAUGGUGUGCAGACAGCUUAACAUGGAGGAGUCUGUGGCAGAGAUCAUGGGCCAGCUGGGAGCGGAUGAGCGAGGCAAGAUUUCCUUUGAGGACUUCACCCGCUGCCGCAUGCAGCUCGUCAACGAGAUCCGCAAGGAAGAGGGCGAGCUCUCCCAACGCUCCCAGGACUCUGAAACUAGGAAGCUCAGGGAACACAUCGCCUCUUGGCCAACCAGCAGCGAGAACAGCCUGGGGGCCCUGUCAGGGGCCAGAGAGAGCUGGGAGUACGACUCUGGAGCCAGGGACCUCCAGAGUCCAGACAUCCAGCUUCAGCAAACAAAGACCCAGCAGCAGCCAGCCAUCCUCCAGAAGGUCCUGGAACCGCCUGGAACUGUCCUAGAACAGCAGGCUGCCCUUCAUAUGCUCCUGUCCCAGACCAGCGCCCGCUGUGCCCCCCUGGGGGGAAAUUACCUGGAGCUGGCCAACUCACUCCAGCUGACAGCCCUGGCCUCGUGGAAGGGGGACUUGGUGGAGCUGAACAAGCGGCUGGUGCAGACGGAGAGAGAAAGAGAGCUGCUUGAGAAGAGACUGGCCAAAGCACAGUGUGAGCAGUCCUAUCUGAUGCGGGAGCAUGAGGACGUUCAGGAGCGGACCACCCUACGAUACGAGGAGAGGAUCACAGAGCUGCACAGCAUCAUCGCUGAGCUCAACAAGAAGAUAGACCUGCUACAAGGCACUACCAUCAGGGAGGAGGAUGAGUUUUCGGAGCUGCGUUCGGAGCUCAGCCACAGCCAGCACGAGGUCAACGAGGACGGACGCAGCAUCGACCAGGACGUGGCCUCCGUCUCACUGGCUGAAAACCACUCCAACCUGGCGACCGCCAACAUGGACAACUGCAGUGACCUGAACUCAGAGCUGCAGCGGGUUCUGACAGGGUUGGAGAGCGUGCUGUGUGGGAGGAAGAAGAGCACAUGCAGCCUGUCUGUGGCCGAGGUGGACCGCCAGAUAGAGCAGCUGACCACCGCCAGCCAACACUGUGACCUUGCCAUCAAGACGGUGGAGGAGAUCGAGGGGGCCUUGGGCCGGGACUUCUACCCCAGCCUGUCGGAGGAGCGUAUGCACUGGCAGAAGGAGCUGGCCGGCCUGAGGGAAGAGAACGAGAGCCUGACGGCCAUGCUGUGCUCCAAGGAGGAGGACCUGAACCGCACCAAGGCCACCAUGAACGCCAUCCGGGAGGAACGUGACCGCUUGAGGCGACGGGUGCGGGAGCUGCAGACGCGUCUCCAGAGCUCCCAGCCUGCAGGCCUGUCCAGCCCCGGGCGUCUCGCCCCCGCCUCCCGUCCAAUCAACCCCAGCACUGGGGAACUCAGCACCAGCAGCAGCAGUAACGACAUACCUGUGGCCAAGGUGGCGGAGCGGGUGAAACUGUCUAAAACCAGGUCGGAGUCUUCCUCCACCGAGAGGCCUGUUCUGGGAUCAGAGAUCAGCAGCAUCGGGGUGUCCAGUAAUGUGGCGGAGCACUUGGCACACUCCCUCCAGGACUGCUCCAACAUCCAGGAGAUCUUCCAGACCCUCUACUCCCACGGAUCAGCCAUCUCUGAGAACAAGAUCAGGGAGUUUGAGGUGGAGACGGAGAGACUUAACAGCCGCAUCGAGCACCUGAAGUCUCAGAAUGACCUCUUGACCAUCACGUUGGAGGAGUGUAAGGGCAACGCAGAGAGGAUGAGCAUGCUGGUCGGCAAAUACGAGUCCAACGCUACCGCCCUACGACUGGCACUGCAGUACAGUGAACAGUGUAUAGAGGCCUAUGAGCUGCUGUUGACGCUGGCGGAGAGUGAACAGAGUCUGGUACUGGGCCAGUUCAGAGCUGCCGGAGUGGGCGACGUAGGUGAGAAGUUGGGAGAGGAGAGCAUCACUCAAAUCCUGAAGAGGGCCCAUGACUGCAGGAAGACAGCAGAGAAUACAGCCAAGGAUCUUCUGGGCAGGCUGGACGGUAGCUGUGGAGCCACAUUCGCUGUGACUGGCUGCAGUGUUCAACCAUGGGAGAGCCUGUCCUCCAAUAGUCACACUAGCACCACCAGUUCCACGACCAGCUCGUGCGACACAGACUUCUCCAAGGAGGACGAACAGCGACUAAAAGACUACGUGCAGCAGCUAAAGAAUGACCGUGCGGCAGUCAAGCUGACCAUGCUGGAGCUAGAGAGCGUUCACGUCGACCCCCUCAGCCUUGAGGUCAAGCCCCGGGGAGACACGCACCGUCUGGACCUGGAGAACGCUGUGCUGAUGCAGGAGCUCAUGGCCAUGAAGGAGGAGAUGGCGGAGCUGAAGGCCCAGCUCUACCUGCUGGAGAAGGAGAAGAAGGCAGUGGAGCUGCGGCUGAGCACGCGGGAGGCCCAGGAGCAGGCCUACCUGGUGCACAUCGAGCACCUCAAGGCCGAAGUGGAGGAGCAGCAGGAGCAGCGCAGGAGAUCCCUCAGCUCCACUGGGAGUAGUAGUAAAGACAAGAGCCAAGCUAAGGAUUGUGGAGACUCUCCGGCCAUCAGCCUAUCAGACCUGAGGACACUGAAUGAUAGCGACCUGGCAGCAGAGCUCACCAACGCACUGAGACGGGAGAAGAAGCUAAAGGGGCGUGUCCAGGAGCUAGUGGCAGCGCUGGAAAGACUAACCAAGAGUAGCGAGGUCCGCCACCAGCAGAGUGCCGAGUUCGUCAACGAUCUGAAACGGGCAAACAGUAACCUGGUGGCUGCGUAUGAGAAGGCCAAGAAAAAGCACCAGGGUAAGCUGAAAAAGCUGGAGGCUCAGAUGAUGGCCAUGGUGGAGCGCCACGAGACACAGGUUCGCAUGCUCAAACAACGCAUUGCCCUGCUGGAGGAGGAAAACUCACGGCCACACACCAAUGAGACCUCCCUAUGAGAACUGAUGAGACAUCCCUAUCAGAACUCACAAGGCAUCACUAUGAGAACUCACCAGACGUCGCUUCAGAAACUCACCAGACGUCGCUUCAGAAACUCACCAGACGUCGCUUCAGAAACUCACCAGACGUCGCUUCAGAAACUCACCAGACGUCGCUUCAGAAACUCACCAGACGUCGCUUCAGAAACUCACCAGACGUCGCUUCAGAAACUCACCAGACGUCGCUUCAGAAACUCACCAGACGUCGCUUCAGAAACUCACCAGACGUUGCUAUGAGAAACUCACCAGACGUCGCUAUGAGAACUCACCAGACGUCGCUUCAGAAACUCACCACAUGUCGCUUCAGAAACUCACCAGACGUUGCUAUGAGAAACUCACCAGACGUCGCUAUGAGAACUCACCAGACGUCGCUAUGAGAACUCACCAGACGUCGCUUCAGAAACUCACCAGACGUCGCUAUGAGAACUCACCAGACGUCGCUUCAGAAACUCACCCAUCGCAAUGAGAGAUACAUCACUGUGAGAACUUGCAGCCAAAACUCACAGCGCCACACCAACAGGACCUCCGGGUGAGCAACGCAAGGAGACUUCAUGUCCACAUUAUUAUUUGAAACAUCAUUACGAGCAUCGGUUAGAGGAGGGGACAAGGGAAUGGCUGGUAUGUGUGUGUGCUGAGAAUGUAAGCUUUCCCUACCAACCCAUAGACACCCUGCAGUCCUAUUCGGCACAUACGCGUGGGGAGGACACUCUGCGGUGAUAGCUGCAAGUUCAUUGGCCAGCAGAUGGACAGGUAAAACUGCCAGGACCAAUUAGAGUUGACGCUACAAAUGACAGCUUUCAAUCAUAUCUGCAGAACGACACAUUUUGUUUACCACAGAAACCGGUAGAGGAAAAGUGUAAUUUUAUAUUUUUUGAGAGGAGCACUAUAAGUACGCAAUAAGGCACCUCAGGGGUUUGGGGAAUAUGGUCAACAUACCACGGCUAAAGGCUGUUCUUAUGCACGACGCAUCGUGGAGUGCCUGGAUACAGCCCUUAGACAUGGCAUAUUGGCCAUAUACCACAAACCCCUGAGGUGCCUUAUUGCUAUUAUAAACUGGUUACCAACGUAAUUAGAGCUGUAAAAAUAUUUUUUUUUAUACAUACCACAGCUGUCAGCCAAUCAGCAUUCAGGGCUCUAACCACCCAGUUUAUAAUAUAAACUAACUAUCCUUACUGGCAAAUUAUUAACUAUUAUCUCCCAGUUUAUUUCAAAUGUUAGCUUUGAUUUGGUAGCCUUUUUGUUAUUUCGAGGUUUGACUGCAAAUUAUUUUUGAAACUAUUUUUUAUCAAUGUUGCCAUUUAGAGUUAUUCCAUUUGUUGCCAUUUAGAAAUAUUUCUGGUGAUUCCCUUUUAAGGAAUACCUUUCUUUCAGCUCUACUUAGCAACUUCCCAGUUUUCAGUCUACAAAGUACACUCUGCCAUAGUGAAGACUUACUGAACACAUGGGCUCUAUUCACUCAAACCUGCUUCCGAGGUUUGAUUGGAUAGGGCCCUAAGUCAAUACCUCAAAUUGCGCAAAAUGUCCUUCCAAUAUGAAUGGCAUUGUUUCAGGUUCAGCCUUCAACUAUACAGCAGUGAAUCGCAAGAGACUGUAGUAGGUGUGUGCACAUGGAGGGGAGAUGACAAUAGGGGUGUGUGCACAUGGAGGGGAGAUGACAAUAGGGGUGUGUGCACAUGGAGGGGAGAUGACAAUAGGGGUGUGUGCACAUGGAGGGGAGAUGACAAUAGGGGUGUGUGCACAUGGAGGGGAGAUGACAAUAGGGGUGUGUGCACAUGGAGGGGAGAUGACAAUAGGGGUGUGUCUGUGUGAGGAGAGAGAAAAGGGUAGAGUGUAUAAGAAUGUUUAAAGCAGAGAUCCAGAUGAUUCAUUUUGUCAUCCCCUUCAUGAACACAGAUUUGUUGCACACACACAAACAUCCUCUCCGGCCAAAGCACUUUUCACUUCACACUGGACAAUAACACCACAUUGCCUUGUUGAGGACUCUUUGUUUUUCUGCAAGACUUAAACCCGGACCUCCAAUGUUAACCAAUGGCUGCUACUCUCUCUCUCUCUCUCUCUCUCUCUCGCUCUCUCUGUGUGUUUUGGAACGAGGGAAAAACAUACUUACUAUUCUAUAGCAAUCUGAGAUGCUGCAUUCUCACUCUACCUGACUGCUGUUCCGUUCAACAUCACUACUGUUGCUAGCUACUAUAAAUCAGCUUAAACCGGGAGCCUAGCACCCAGGUGACACCCAUGUUUCUAGAUAACCAUCAGUAGCUUGGUAUACAGAUGUUUUGAUUAGGCAGGGGUGGAUCAAUUCCAUCUAAUUCAUUUAAUUUGGAAAAUUGUCAUUAGCAAUAUUUUGCUUCAAUUCAUUAACCAAAUUUCCAUUGAAUUCCUGAGUUUGAAUGUAUUAACCCCAGUCCUGCUGUUUGGUAAGAUUCACUGCUAAAGCAAGCACUGGUGUGUAGACAAGUAUAGGAGUGAUGUAAUUUCCUCUCAAUAAACCGUCAUAGUUAUGACUUAUGUCGCAAAUACAGUCAGUACCUGUAUUUUGUUUCUGUUGUGCUUCUCAGGCAUACAACGCAAGUGAAUCUGGAGCUCCAGUGGUCUCAUCUUCUGUUCUGUGAAUGAGACAAGACGGGUUAGGGGGGUGGGCAAAGUUAGGGGGUUGGGGGUAAGGAAGGUGGGUUGGCAAACAAAUGACCUUAUUUGCACAGAUCUGUUUUGGAAUCAAAUCUUGGCAAUCGUUGUUUUGUUGAUUUUUAAGAGGUUGUAUUUGUUUAUAUAAUAAAGUAAUAAACCAAUUUAAAU